AGAAGAUCUUCGAGGUACAAUUCGAUAUAUUUAUGCUUUCAAACACAGACCUCCAACGACAUUGCCUUGCCUCAAGAUUCCUCGUUCAGUUUGAACCAAAUCCCUGAUGCAAUAUGAGCCAAAACACCCCCACAACAGUGAAAAUGUCGAAUUCUGUGGAGAAAGAGUUGGCGGUGAAGACGUUUGGCAAAACAGGAGAGCAGGAACAUCAUCAUGGUAUAUCAAAUCAAUCAUACACGGAGCCAGGAGCCCGGCCGGACCCAGUAAUACCAUACACAGUCUUCACAAAAUGCGAACGACUCGUUAUAACAUACUUAAUCGGCUGCAGCAUGUUCUUCUCCCCAUUCACCGCAAACAUAUACUUCCCGUGCCUCAAACAGCUAGCUCAAGCCGUUCAUGUCGACUCCAGCCGCAUCAAUCUCACCAUCACCACGUAUCUCAUCGUGCAAGGAAUCGCCCCUGCGUUCUGUGGCGAUUUAGCAGACAAUCUGGGCCGCCGUCCGGUGUACCUUUUCACGUUUAGUAUCUACGUGGCAGCGAAUCUAGCAUUGGCGCUACAGAGGCACUAUGCUGCACUUAUGGUCCUGCGAAGCCUGCAAAGCUUAGGAUGCUCCGCAACUGUCGCUAUAAGCUACGGCGUCAUCGCAGACGUGGCCACACCUGCAACACGGGGCAGUAUGCUGGGUCCGGCAAUGAUAGCGACCAAUCUGGGUCCAACUCUUGGGCCAUUGAUUGGCGGGGUCGUGGUUGCUGAAGCUGGGUGGAAAUGGGUGUUUUGGUUGUUGGUGAUGGUUGGAGCAGUCUUUCUUGCCGUUCUCGCGACAGUGUUCCCAGAGACUGGACGAAGUGUCGUUGGCAAUGGAAGUAUUGCUGCGCCAGCUUGGAAUCGGCCCCUGGUACAGACACGUACACAGCGGAAGAGGCAUGAGGCAGUCGAUGUGACCGUGCCAGGACAACCUCAAUUUGUGGCGCCGAACCCCUUUAAGGCUCUUUUGGUUUGUUUCCAUAAGGAUACAUCUGUCGUACUCACCAUUAGUGCAGUAUCAUAUGCCGUCUACUAUUGUGUCCAGGCUUCCAUACCUGAGAUCUAUACGGACCUUUAUGGCUUGAGUGAACUUGAAGUAGGGCUUUGCUACUUACCCAUAGGAGCGGGUGUAAUAGUAGGCGGUCUUGUUAACGGAAAGCUGUUGGACUGGAACUACAGAGUAGUUGCUAAAGAGAAUAGCAUUGUCAUCGACAAAGUGGUAGGUGACAACAUGUCAACAUUCCCAAUCGAGAAUGCUCGUUCUCGAAUGUCGUGGCUGCUCAUUCCUUUCUCGACGGUCAUCUUAGUGGCUUAUGCUUGGGUUCUCGAAGAGAGGGUUCAUAUCAGUGCUGCUUUAGUACUGUUGUUUCUGCAUGGGUUUGUCGCGACAUGUUUAUGCCAGGUAAUCGGUGUCGCGUGAGUUCCAGAGUUCUGCUAAGCAUAAAGUUCAGACGCACAACACUCUUAUAGUGGACAUAUGUCCUGAAUAUGCUAGCACAGCGGCAGCAGCAGGAAAUAUUACACGCUGUGGGCUUUCCGCUGCUGUGGUAGCCGGCAUGCAGCCUCUCUUGAAUAGUAUAGGUACAGGGUAUUUCUUCACAGCUUUGGCUAUCAGCUCCGGACUGUUGAGUGUGGUCAUGACCUUUAUCCUGCGAUGGAAAGGGAUGAAUUGGCGGAAUGCAAGGCAGACCCGUAAGACAGUAGACAACGUGGCACGGCAGAUAAUCAAUGAAUAGGAUCUGCCAAGACUACCUAAACAAAUCUGGCCAUUGAUUCUUGACGGCAGUAAGUAAAUUUCUCACGCACCAGCUGCAGGUUGGCUGUUGCUCGCCACA